AUGGAGAGCUUGGUCGGAUGGAGAGAGGGCCUUGGCGCGGACAAGCCGUCUCGAGCCGUCCUCUGCACGGCCGCCUCGGUGUGGGCUCGGCAGCGCGUGGGGCCAAACGUUUUGGGCUCUUGCGCUGCCGUGCGUCUCCUCCCUCGCCAUGGUUCUGCAGAGGGGUCAGCCACGGGCAGUGGUGGUACCAAGUAUGUGGCCGUUGCGGUAGUGUCGGAAUUGCUGUCAUGGUCGUUGCGCGCUGCCGAGCAGGGCCGGGGCUUUUGCGUGCAUGCAUUCCUGACCUUGCGAUCGAGCUCGGCAUGA